ACAGGACUAAUGACCAACAUGCCCUCCUCCCUCUCCUGCCCUAUCUGAACAGGACUAAUGACCAACAUGCCCUCCUCCCUCUCCUGCCCUAUCUGAACAGGACUAAUGACCAACAUGCCCUCCUCCCUCUCCUGCCCUAUCUGAACAGGACUAAUGACCAACAUGCCCUCCUCCCUCUCCUGCCCUAUCUGAACAGGACUAAUGACCAACAUGCCCUCCUCCCUCUCCAUCUGAACAGGACUAAUGACCAACAUGCCCUCCUCCCUCUCCUGCCCUAUCUGAACAGGACUAAUGACCAACAUGCCCUCCUCCCUCUCCAUCUGAACAGAGCUGGACAUUAUUCACUUUUUUUUUUAGAUUUCAUAUUUUUCUUUUGAUUUUAUUUUUCCUGCAUAUCCUUUUUUAAAAUUGUUUUCUUAUUGUUAUGUUGACUGACGCAUAAUUUGUAAUAAAAUGCGAAGCCAAAAUAAACAAAUUCCCAAACCUUGAGCCUUUUUUGUUCUUAAAAGUAGCACACACUCACGGACGUAUAUAUUUUAUAAUAUGAUGUUACCUAAGCAAGAUCAACCAAUAAAGGAGUGGCCUCAUCUUCCCUCCCCCAACCCAUCCUCCCCUAGAGAGAGAAACAUUAAAGCACUGUGCAAGCUCUGCUUACACCCAAUUUCCUUCCAUCCAAUCAGGCGUUCCCUGAGUGCUGGCGGACAGGCCGGGCUGCCUAUGUGGAGCCUGCAGGAUGGGAGGAGGGAGAAUUUCAGCCACUCUGUCCCUUUAAAGCCCCCCUCGCCUCUCUGUCACGCCCUGCACAUCAAACAGGAAGUGAACCUAUUUUCCAGCCCAGAGUUGUCUCCCAACCAGAACCAGAUGUCCAGACCCUUCGACCACCUCUCUCUCCUUUCCAGGUACGGCUCUCCGUCCUGGGCCUCCAAGACCCACUUCGGAGCCCUCCUGAAGCUCCAGGCCAACAGCAGAGCUGGAGACCACCUCAAAGACCUACCCAGCUUGCUGGAGGCUGCAGGGCUCUUCACCAAGUCGCCCUCCUGUGGGAAGGCAAUCAUCCAGGAGGCCCCCAGAGACCCGGGCCUCUCUCUUUCCCAUUCCCCGACCGUUGACCUCAAAAUCCCCCAGGUGAGAGGCCUUGGAGUUCUGGGGAUGGACUUCUGCUUGGGCUCCCUGAGCUCUGAUCCCUACAGACUCCCCAGCCACCACUGUGAGAACAGCCUGGGGAAGAGGCAGAGGUCCAUCCUGCCCAAACACAGCCGCCUGGGAAGCAGUGGAGGAGAGAGGGAGUACUGGGCUUCAUCCGAUGCCGACCGCCCUGUCUCUGGGGGGCAGUAUCCUACCUCUGACCCCGAGGCAGACCUCAGCAACAUGCAUCUGAGGAAAAAGAGGGGACGAUACCGUCAGUACAACGCAGAGCUGCUAGAGGAAGCUAUCGGAGUGGUGAUGGAGGGGAAGAUGAGCGUGUCCAAGGCUCAGACCGUCUACGGGAUCCCUCACAGCACGCUGGAGUAUAAAGUCAAGGAGCGCCUUGGCACCCUGAAACAUCCACCCAAGAAGAAGCUGAAGCUGAUGAGCCACAUGGAGGAACCGGAGGCCCCAGAGAGCCAAGAAGCUCUGUAUGCGACCAUGGACCUUCAGUCUGUGUCAGCAUCCGGAGAGAACGGCAGGCAGCUGCUCAGUACACGCCUCUCCCCAGACGAAUAAAGUCACGAUUGAAAGAGAUUCAGUACUUGAUGAUAUGUGAUGUUUUUUCCCAGACCAGGUAAUCGUUUGUAUUUGCCAGGCAGUGGCAAUGACAGAGGAGUCUAUCAGGGGAGGAUGGCUCAUAAUAAUGUUUGGAACAGAGCAAAUGAAAUGGCAUCAAACCAUGUGUUUGAUACCAUUCCGCUCCAGCCAUUACCACAAGCCUGUCCUCCCCAAUUAGGGUGCCACCAACCUCCCGUGGAGUCUAUAUAGCUAGUACAAAAUUGAUCAGUUAGGUAUGUUGAUUUAUUCCAAAUGCACUUCUACUUACUGUGAUCUACCCCGUGAAUCAAUCUGACCUAUUCAUCUUAGCUCUUUAAUUGUUUCAAUAUGUUUGGUAAGCCUAUAAGUAGCUGUUGUCUAAAUCAAUCAAACACUAACUUGUCUCUGCCCCUCAACGUUGUCCUAGACAUUGUUGAAACACUCCAUAUUUGAAAUAUGUUUUAUGAAGCUUGUUUGUAUAACAAUAUUUUAACGGUUCAUCCUGAAACUGCUUUAGAUACAUAAUCUAAUAUUUUUACUAUUUGACUAAUAUAAAGUGUGAUGUGUUGGCAAAAUUGCAAUUGGACCAAGCCCAAUUGUCUUCAGAGUUCUAUAUUGAUCAGUGGCGCCCCUUACUGUCUUCUAGGAGUACUCUAGUUAUUGCAGCACUUCGGGUUGAACCAACAGCCUGCAACCCAGGUCCUGUAGAACUACAGGAAAUGUAUGGUCUUAUUGGAGGCCAGCUGAAUCAAAAGCUUGCAGACCUUGUAGCAUCAAGGUUGGAGACAUUUGGGUUGGAUUCACCAACCUCAUUUCUUUGUUUGGGUCAUAAUGAUGACUCAUGCUCAGCCCUCGACAUGUAGAAUCAAGGCUUAUUUCUAUUUGAAACUCUAUUCAUAUUUGACCACCUAAAUGGGGGUUUAUAAUGUUUAUUUUACUUUGUCAACCAGUGUUUGACUUUAAGCUCACAAUCUCUUUCCCUGUCACUGUUCAGCAAAUGCACACCUGAGAUUGAAUAGACCAAACUACAGCAGAAAGAAUAUGUGGUUGCAAGGAUGCCUGCAACUACUGAAAAUCUUAAUGUGAGGUUGUAUGUUUUUGUUUGUUGGGAGAACAGAUUCCUCUGUCUGCAAUUUCACCACCUCCUUAGUUACCAACCAAACCUCAGAUAUAGACGUGUUGGCUGUUUAGCUACAAAAUCACUAUAUCACCUAGAUUGUUGACACGUAAACUAUAUUUUGUCUCAAAUGUGUAUUGAAACGUACAUUUGCACAAUGAGCACUUUUCUCUGAAAUACAUGUCAGUUGUUGGUGAGCUAGCUAGUGAAUUUUGGCUUUAUUAGCAUAGAUGUGACAUCAGUCAAAACACCUCAAAACAAGACAUUGUAUCAAAGAGAUCAAACUAGCUAAAACACGCCACCCACAAUUCCCCAGGUGGCAGUUUCUUGUCAUUGUUGCUAGCAGUCUGGCCAUCCAGAAUCACACGACUUCUGCCUCAUUGAAGCCUGCACAUUGUUUUUGUGACACAAGCUAACCGUUUAUACUCUCCAAAAGCACGGCAGAGUUACAACCACUCAGAUGUCUCUCCGCUGUGUGACUAGGACAUUUCUUUACCUGUGUUUACCUGUAGCCUUCACCACAACUCAGGGUAAUGUUUGUGUGUGGCUGCAGUACUUGUGUGAAUGUGUAUAUUUUAUCAGAAAUGUAUAUACUAUGUUAGAUAUCUAUACACAAACAUACCUCACUCAGAUGUAUAUCUCCUACUUAUUUCCAUGCCUCUUGUAUCUUACUCAGAAUCAUCUGAAAAGGGGUAAAUUUUCAUUUUUUGUUGUUGUCUGCGAACAGACACUUUUGGGAUGUCUUACCAUUGACUGAUAAAUAUAUGACUCUUAUCAGAUGUUCUCACAACUUACCUUAACCGAGCAUUUGUUUACCAGUUUGAGCCUCCUGGACAGUUUAAAUCUGUGCGGUGCUGCAGUUAGCACAACAAACUUCAGGUGUGAAGUCGGGUAGUUUCGUUACCUCUAGUGAUGUCUGUCCCUGCUUAACAGAAGAAGACCAGGACAAGGGACAGGUGGAAAUGUUUGUUGUUAAAACAUAAAACAAUUUUCUUGCUCCUCCUUGGUAAUACCGACCAAUAACAAUUUAUGGAAAUCUCAGAUUUGUACACAAUGUUUACUUAUCUAAUUCUACAAUCAGAACUAGAAUCCAAAUACUCAUCGUGACUAGAACGCUCGGAAGCAGCAACAUGGCGUCCCGCUGUGAAUUUGGCAAAACUGCUGUGAGUACUACUUACCCUAUCGACAGUUAUACCUCAGGACAUUUCAGAAUAUUAGACCAAGCCCCUAUUGUCCUUGUAUAAGGUUUCUAUUACAGUGCUGGUUUUAAUACUGUCAUCAGACGGGUUGUAUUACUACAGUUCUAGGGAAAUAUUUAUAGUUAACAAGACUGUAAGAUGUUUAUUUCUCACUCUUGACCCAGUAAGUUCUUAUGCAUCAUUUUUGAGACUCAUGUAAAUUAAAUAUUUAGACAGACAUUUGAGUUAAAAGUUUGAUUUUGGCCCACCGUGAACACACAGCUACAAACUCUUAGAUAAUUGGUCAAACUUAACUGAUAUCACAUGAAAUGCAAAAAACAAGAACUUUCCUUAAUUAAGGCUGGUCCUAUGGUCUCCUUUUCAGUUUUUAUUAAAUUUUUGUGGACAUUACAUUUCAGAAUCUCUGACAUUUCCUUUAGUCUUUCAGGUGUAUAUAAGUAUAGUGAAAAUAAAUAUAGUUGACUACUAGGUUAACUAAUUAGUAUGAAUCUACUGUAAAUGUUAAUUUUUAAAUGUGCAAUGUAUGUCAGUCAAAAGCUUGUACACACCUACUCAUUCAAGGGGUUUUCUUAAUUUUUUUACUAUUUUCUACAUUGUACAAUAAUAGUUAAGACGUCAACUAUGAAAUAUCACAUAUCGAAAAAUGCAGUAACCAAAAAAGCUAUUUUAUAUUUGAGAUUCUUCAAAGUAGCCACCCUUUGCCUUGCUGAUACCUUUGCAAACGCUUGGCAUUCUCUCAACCAGCUUCAGGAGGAAGUCACCUGGAAUGCAUUUCAAUUAACAGGGGUGCCUUUUUAAAAGUUCAUUUGUGGAAUUUCUUUCUUAAUGCAUUCAAUAAUUUGUGUUGUGACAAGGUCGGGGGGUAUACAGAAGAUAAAAGACCAAGUCCAUAUUAUGGCAAAAACAGUUCAAAUAAGCAAAGAGAAAUGACAGUCCAUCAUUACUUUAAGACAUGAAGGCCAGUCAAUCUGGAAAAUGUAAAGAACUUUUCUGCUGCAGAGGAUACAUUUAUUAGAGUUACCAGCCUUAGAUAAUCAGGCCUUCAUGGCCAAAUUACUGCAAAGAAGGCACUACUAAAGGACACCAAUAAGAAGUGGAGACUUGCUUGGGCCAAGAAAUGCAAGCAAUGGACAUUAGAUCGGUGGAAAUCCGCCUUUGGUCUCAGUCUAAAUGUGAGAUUUUUGGUUCCAACUGCCGUGUCUUUGUGAGACGCAGAGUAAGUGAACGGAUGAUCUCCGCGUGUGUUUUUCCCACCGUGAACCAUGGAGGUGUGAUGGUGUGGGGAAGCUUUGCUGGUGACACUGUCUGUGAUUUGCUGGUGACACUGUGAUUGAUUUAGAAUUUAAGGCACACUUAACCAGCAUGGCUACCACAGCAUUCUGCAGCGAUACGCCAUCCAAUCUGUUGAUUUUCAGCAGGACAAUGACCCAAAACACCUCCAGGCUGUGUAAUGGCUAUUUGACCAAGGAGAGUGAUUGAGUGCUGCAUCAGAUGACCUGACCUCCACAAUCACCCGACCUCAACCAAUUUGAGAUGGUUUGGGAUGAGUUGGACCACAGAGUGAAGGAAAAGUAGCCAACAAGUGUUCAGCAUACAUGGCAACUCCUUCAAGACUGUUGGAAAAGCAUUCCUCAUGAAGCUGGUUGAGAGAAUGCAAAGUGUGCAAGCUGUUGUCAAGGCAAAGGUUUGCUUCUUUGAAGAAUCUCAAAUAUAGAAAAUGUAUACUUUUUUUCUUUUACUACAUGAUUCCAUAUGGGUUUUGAUGUCUUUGCUAUUAUUCUACAAUUUAGAUGAUAGUAAAAAAUAAAGAAAACCCCUUGAAUGAGGUGUCAACAUUUUUGACUGGUACUGUAUAUGUAGAACUCUUUUGAACUUGCAAACCAACUGUGAUAACCCUCAAGUCGAGACAUAUGCUUCACAGUAGUUGCAAUAGAUUUGGGUUAUGAUUUCAUUUUGUAAUUGGUCAUCGGAAACUAAUCAAGAUUACGUCUUUGUUUUGAGGAUGAGUCCGUUUUAUUAGUGGAUUCGAUGGGAUUGACAACAAAAAGGUAAACAAAUCAAAGUGAGUUACUUUUUUAUUCAAAUUAAACAGUUGCAAGGCUUUUCUGUGUCACCAUGACAACCACGGAGCCUUGCUCCUAAGUAGUCGCUGCCAUAAAAUGGACUUUUAGAAAUCCAGAUACUGAGACAAGAUUAGACUAUUUGGAGAGAAAUUCAAGGCUUAGUUUUUUUAUUAGACUUUUUCAUGCGGUCCGUUCUUCUACAAUACACAAACAGUUUCCGUGUUAACACAACCUCUGUGGAACUUGUUUUAAUGUUAAAAUGACAGAAAUCCACAGCACCCACUCUGUUGGUUUCUGCUACCUCAUCUGUAGAAAAGGACUGAAACUGCAUCAAAUACAUCUUACUUCUUGAGGCAGUAUGGAGCAAUUUCCCAUAAACACAAGCGAAGGAUAUGGGCCAACGCUUUUUUGCAGUAUGUGUUGAACUCCGCUAGCUGUUUGUUGACUCGCUGCUUUAGAUGUAUGCCGUAAUCUUGUUGUCAACAGCUUUGCGAUUUGCUGUCCAUUGCCCAUCAGGUUAAUUAAGCUACAAAAUUAUUUAUGUAUGGAGUUGUGAAUACCACUUGGCAAAGGUUGAUAUUAGCAAAUAUUUUCUUGGGUGAGAUCUAUUAUACAAGACUACUGAAAAUUGAAGGACUGGGUUGGUACACUUUUUGUAAAUAUUUCAAGGUUCUGUAAAAGUGAAAUGCAUCCUAAUUGACUCAUUCAUAUUUUAAAGGUCAGGGUGUUACUGUUUUUCGAUCUUUGGUUGUUGGUUUUUGUCAGUGUUUCUACUAAUGUGUUUUUGAUUGAAUUGCUUGUAGGCGUUCUUCCCAAUAAGUCAGAAAUGUAAAUGGCCCCUUCACACUCCAAUGCUUCGAUCAGAAGCUUUUCAGAAGCUUGCACACCCUUCAGGUCAAUGAGAUGAUGUUUCUUGACAAGAUAGUUGUAUUCCUUUUGACUUCUGCAGUACUUUUAUAAAAAUAGUCUUAAUACUAAUUAUACCAAACUAUAGACAGAUUUUACAGAUGCAUUCAGAAAGUAUUCAGACCCCUUGACUUUUUCCACAUUUUGUUAUGUUACAGCCUUAUUCUAAAAUGGAUUCAAUUGUUUUUUCCUCCAAUCUGCACACAAUAUCCCACAAUGAAAAGCAAAAACAGGUUUUUAUACAUUUUUGGAAAUGUAUCAAAAAAACACUGAAAUAUCACGUUUACAUAAGUAUUUAGACCAUUUAAUCAGUACUUUGUUGAAGCACCUUUGGCAGCGAUUACAGCCUCGAGUCUUCUUGGGUAUGACGCUCUCAUUCUUCUCUGUAGAUCUUCUCAGGCUCUGUCCAGUUGGAUGGGGAGUGUCACUGCACAGCUAUUUUCAGGUCUCUACAAAGAUGUUUGAUCGGGUUCAAGUCCAGGCUCUGGCUGGGCCCACUCAAGGACAUUCAGAGACUUGUCCCGAAGCCACUUCUCCUUUGUCUUGGCUGUGUGCGUAGUCAUUGUCCUGUUGGAAGGUUGAUAAUGGCGCCAGAGGGGACGGCUGCCGUUUUACAGGCUCGUGGACAUCAGAACAGUGCUUACUCACCUCGAACUGGAUGAGUAUUAUUUUUUUCUUUAAUGAGUCCGACGCGAAGCAUAUACUGCUAUGUCAAGACACGGCCCAAAUCCUCGUCAUCCUCGUGGGGAAAAAAACGGAGAUAAAGGGGGAGGAGGGAGGGGUGCCUUGUAAGAAUUCACCGACGAGUAGAUAAACCAUCACUACCCUCUGUAUUAUUGGCCACCGUGUCAUCAUUAGAAAACAAACUGGACCAUCUACGAUUUUCAGUGACACGCUCAAUAUGGAAGUUGUCAGAUGACACGGAUGCUACACUACAGGACUGUUUUGCUAGCUCUGGAAUAUGUUCUGGGAUUUAUCCAAUUGCAUUGAGGAGUACACUACCUCGGUCACCGGCUUCAUCAAUAAGUGCAUCAACGAUGCCGUCCCCACAGUGAACGUACAUACAUUUCCCAACCAGAAGCCAUGGAUUAUUGGCAACAUCCGCAUCGAGCUAAAGACGAGAGCUGCUGCUGUUUUCCAGUACGUACGCUCCUAAGAAAUCCCGCUAUGACCUCAGACAAAUCAGCAAACAAGCAAAGCGUCAAUACAGGACUAAGAUUGAAUCCUACUACACUGGCUCAGACGCUUGUCGGAUGUGGCAGGGCUUGAAAACUAUUAUGGAAAACAAAGGGAAACCCAACCACAAGCUGCCCAGUGACGUGAUUCAACCUGGUGAGCUAAAUGCCUUUUAUGCUCGCUUCGAGGCAAGCAACACUGAAGAAUGCUUGAGAGCACCAGCUGUUCCGGACAACUGUGUGAUCAUGCUCUUCGUAGCCAAUGUGAGGAAGACUUUUUUAAACUGGUCAACAUUCACAAAGCCGCGGGGCCAGAUGGAUUACCAGCAAGUGUACUCAAAGCAUGCACGGACCAACUGGGAAGUGUCUUCACUGACAUUUUCAACCUCUCCAUGACCAAGUCUGUAAUAACCAAUGGAGUCAAGUACUUUAGUACUUUUAAAGUAUCUGUACUCUACUUUAUAUUUUAACUUUUACUUCACUACAUUCCUUUUUACUCCAUACAUUUUUCCUGACGCCCAAAAUACUUUUUACAUGGUGAAUGCUUAGAAGGACAGGAAAAUGAUCCAAUUCACGCACUUAUUUCUCCUUCAAUGUGAGAAAGACAAAGGAGCUGAUUCUGGACUAUAGGAAAAGGAGGGCCGAUCAGGCCCCAAUUAACAUAAACUGGGCUGAAGUGAAGCGGGUCAACAAACUAUCAUGGUCCAGACACACCAAGACAGUUGUGAAGGGGACACGACAACACCUUUUCUCUCAGGAGACUGAAAAGAUUUGUCAUGGGUCCCCAGAUCCUCAAGGUUCUAUAAAUGCACCAUCAAGAACAUCCUGACAGGUUGCAUCACCGCCUGGUAUGGCAACAGCUCGGCAUCUGACCGUAAGGAACUACAGAGGGUAGUGCGUACGGCCCAGCACAUCACUGGGGCUUCCUGACAUCCAGGACCUAUACUAGGCAGUGUCCGAUAAAGACUCCAAAAAUUGUCAGACUCCAGUCACCUAAGUCCAUAGACCGUUCUGUCUGCUACCGCACGGCAUGCGGUACCGGAGCACCAAGUCUAGGACCAAAAGGCCCCUUAACAGCUUCUACCCCCAAGCCAUAAGACUGCUGAACAAUUCAUCAAAUGGCCAACCAUUUUACAUUGACCCCCCCCC